AUGCGACGUGUUGCAGCAUUCCGUGUCACGGCCGCGGCGGCGCUGACGAAGGCGCUGCGCGGCGCGGCCACGACGAUGACCAUCCGCGACGCCCUGAACAGCGCCAUCGACGAGGAGCUCGCGCGCGACCCGGCGGUCUUCGUCCUGGGCCAGGAGGUGGGGAAUUACCAAGGCCCUUAUAAAGUCACCCGCGGCCUGAUCGACAAGUACGGGCCCGAACGCGUCGUCGACACGCCGAUCACGGAGCACGGGGUGACCGGGAUGGCGGUGGGGGCCGCGCUGAACGGGCUGCGCCCGAUCUGCGAGUUCAUGACCUUCAAUUUCGCCAUGCAGGCGAUCGACCAAAUCGUGAACUCCGCCGCGAAAGGGUGUUAUAUGUCCGCCGGGCAGCUGAAGUGCCCGAUCGUCUUUCGAGGCCCCAACGGCGCUGCCGCGGGGGUGGCGGCGCAACACAGCCAAUGCUACGCAUCCUGGUACUCCUCCGUCCCUGGGCUAAUCACCUUGUCGCCCUUCAGCAGCGAGGACGCGCGGGGGAUGAUUAAGGCCGCGGUCCGCUGCAAUAGCCCGGUCGUCAUUCUAGAACAUGAGCUGAUGUACGGCGAGAGCUACCCGGUUUCCGAUGAGGCGCUUGGCAAUGACUUCGUAAUUCCCUUUGGAAAGGCAAAGAUCGAGCGGGAGGGAAGGGAUAUCACCUUUUUCAGCUUCUCGCGCGGGGUUGAUAUCAGUUUGAAGGCCGCGGAGAAGCUUGCCGCCGAGGGCAUCGAGGCGGAGGUGAUCAAUCUCCGAUCCCUGCGCCCGCUAGACCGCGAUACGAUUAUUAAUUCGAUCAAGAAAACCCAUCGCGCCGUAACCGUCGACGAGUCUUUCCCGAUCUGCAAUAUUGGUGCAGAGAUCUGCGCGCUCGUGAUGGCAAGUGAAGCUUUUGAUUAUCUGGAUGCACCGAUUGUGCGGGUUUCCUGUGCGGACUGCCCGACACCAUACAGCAAAAACCUGGAAGCCGCCUCACAGCCGCAGGUUGAGGAUGUCCUCGCCGUCGCCAAGCGUGUGUUGAGCUAA